UCGAAAGGCAACAUGAAAGUGAAAGUAAAAGUUACAUCUAACAGCAUUUGAUCCUUAAUGGUACGCUUCAUGCGUUGAAUCCGGAUUUCUUGGCAUAUUACUAUCAUCACCAACGCCUCGUUCAAGUGAAAUGAACAAGUUCUACACUCUUGUGGCCGGGGAUACUAGGGGGUGUCAUGUGGAGAUGAACGGAAAUCUCAACUCAAGAGGCCUGACUGAAGUGAUGGCACCAGCAGACUGUGAUGUCAUCAUGGCUUACUGUCCAGUUGUCUCUCGACUAGGGACUGAUCUUGAGGCAGCUAUGGAAAGAAUUCCAGCUGGUAAACCAGUCAUCCUAGUGGUGCUGCAUCACACCUUCAACCCAGACUACACCGUACCUGACUGCAGCAGACAUGUGACCAGAAGUGAUGUCAUCCUCACUGUAAACUGUCUGUUCCACGACUCCAAAGGAGGACUCUUGUUUUGUUCUCAAAACAACAAAGCUGUGGCUGAGAUCCUGAACUGCUUGCCAAGUUCUAAGGCACCUGCAGUCAAUGACAAAACGUGUGCCCUGGUCCUGUUUGUGUCCCUGGUCCUGGCUCUGGUCUUGUCCUUGGCUCUGCUGAUUGUCCUGGUGACAGAAAACAACCCAUCCACGGCCGUAGGCGUGGCCCUAGGCCUGGCUCUUGCCUCGAGCGUGGGCUUGUGCUGGGCUCUUCGACAGGCCCGGAAAAAAAAUUCAUUAUUUUAAAGAAAGGAAAUAAGUAUUGUUAUUUAAAGUUACAAAAUACCUUAGAUUUCCUGAUAUAAGCUUCUGUAUCAAUGAGUUGGUAUCUGUCUCAGUAACCAUCUAUUAAAGUAGCCUGUACGCUAAUGAUUAGCACACACGUUUUAUUUUGCUUCAGUUAGCUGUGGAUGUUGCUGUUUGUGUUCCUGCUGUCCCAGUUGUUGGUGGACCUCCACACCAACCUCAGUCUGAGUCCAGACGAGACCUUCAGCUUGGUCAAUACAGAAGAUCAUUAGAAUAUAAUAAACUUUAGAAACAGUUAUUGUAUUGAACAUACACCAUUAGUUAAAAGUGAUGUGUCAAGAUCUGCAAUUACGGUUUUUGGUGCACAUAUUAUAUUGACAAUAACUAAAAGUAUAGAUGUCCUGGUA